AUGAAGAUAAGCGGCAUCUACCAGUAUCCUGUGAAGGGAAUGAGAGCGAUUGAGCUCGAACAUGCUGUCCUAACCAAGCAUGGCCUUCCCAACGACCGACGUUUCAUGGUCUUACAUGUUCAGGAUGAUGGAACGUUUAAGAACAUGGCGAUCGCGCACUACCCCUUGAUGUCGAGGUUCUUCCCGUCUCUCAGCAUGCCCAAUGGGGAUGCAAUGCAAGGCUGUCUGUCGAUACUGUAUGACCCUCCAAACGGUGGCGAGACGAAAACGCUUGAUAUGCCCCUCAAACCAAAAACGGAUAAUCUGGAGGUGACAGACGUGACAAUGCACAAUAGCCCUUGUAAGGCCUACAAGAUGGGCCAAAAGUAUGAUGACUGGUUCUCGUCUUGCUUCGGUUAUCGUGUUGUUCUCGUGUACCUGGGUGACAAUCUGCGCAACGUCCUGAUGUCUACAAGCGGAAAUAAGCAACCGAGCAAUGGAAGUUGGCUUAACUCGCUUGCAAGCAAGGCGACAGAGUUUGUGCUCGGUGCCGAUAUGGACCAGGCUGGCAUCACCUUCGCAGAUUGCGCACCUUAUCUCGUCUGUUCCGCCAAGUCGAUGGAAGACGUCGACCGACGGCUGUCCGAGGGUGUUCAGAUGGACAUAAUCAAGUUCAGGCCGAACAUCAUCGUAUCCGGAGCUGACAAGCCAUGGGACGAGGAUUUCUGGGCCGAGCUUACCGUCAACGGGCAGACUAAAAUCGAAUGCAUACACAACUGUGGACGAUGUAAAAGCAUCAAUAUCGACUACGAUACUGGAGAACCUGGCACUGGUCAGACUGGCGAGAUACUGAAGAAGCUGCAGUCUGAUCGCCGUGUCGACCGUGGAGUCAAAUACUCCCCCUGCUUUGGUCGUUAUUCAUUCUUAGAACGAGGUAGUGAAGGCCAGACGAUUAGAGUUGGAGACUCUGUCAAGGUCACAAGGCGCAACACUGAGCACACCAGAUUUGAUUGGCAGGGUCUCUCUACAUCAUAG